GUCAGCCAUCAACAAUCACCUCUAUCUUUCGCCUGAAAUCGGACCAUGAGGGUGUCUGGCGUUGCGGUCGGCGUGUGGGCGUGCGUUCUGCUGAUGGGCGUGGGGGUAGACCCCUCCCCCGCCCCGUGCUGUAGGGGGGUUGGUACCCUGGCGGUCGGCGCUCUGGCUUUCACAGGGGGCGUCCUUGUCGCGAAGCACCAUUAUCAGCAUCAUCACGGGGGCGGCUGUUCCUCCUGCGGCUGUGGCGGCUGCGGCGGCUCCUGCGGCUGGUGCGGCGGCGGCGGCGGCUACUACGGAAGGAGGCGGCGCAGGAGUCUGGUAGCUUUCCUGGACGACGUGGAAGUGCGACUGGCUUAUAACACGAUCGCGGCCGAGGACAAGGACGAGUGCGGUCUUCGCCUGGUGUGCGAGCUGGCGCAGAAGGACCCGCGGGAGCUCGCCCAGGACGAGAUACAGAUCCUCCUGCCUUACCGCGGCGCAGGCACCAGUGACGGCAGCGUAUAUGGCACGUACGACGAGGCGGCGUGGCACGGCCAGGAGGGCCACAGCUGCACCGUCAGCUACCCGCUCUGCGCCUUCGCCGCGCAGCAGAUCAUGCAGGAAUACAGGAAAUACGUCAGCAGCAAUAAUGGAACUUUCUCUGAAGCAUGAUCAUUGAUAAGCGGAACUUGCGACUACCUUUGUUGUAACCGUCAAAAUUUUGUAUGCUGUUAAAUUACAAUAAACAUAACAUGGUA